GACCGGCCGCCGCGGGCGGGCGUGCGGGCGCGGGUCUGCAUCCGGGUCGCCGCCGUGCCCAUUGUCUGGGGAAGGGGCCCGGGGCUCGGCGGCUCCGCGGCGCUGCACCCGAGGGCCCCUGCCCGUCCGCCGCUCACCUGCGCAGGCUUUAUGGACCGCAGUUCGAAGAGGAGACAAGUGAAGCCUUUGGCAGCUUCGCUGCUGGAAGCUUUAGAUUAUGAUAGCUCUGAUGACAGUGAUUUUAAAGUUGGAGAUGCUUCAGAUUCUGAAGGAAGUGGUCAUGGGAGUGAAGAUGCAUCAAAGGACAGUGGUGAAGGUUCCUGUACUGAAUCAGAAGAAAAUAUCUUGGAGGAGGAACCGACAGAAAAGAAAGUAGAAGACGAACAGCCAAAAACCUCCACUGAAGAAGAGGUGCCAACAGCAGACAAAGAGGUAAUUAAAACGGAAAAGAAAGAGCAAGAUGAAGAAGAAGAAAAGCCAAAAAAGAAGAAAGAGAAGGAGAAAGCAGCUGAACCUGAUGCUGUGGCUGAUGAGCAAACAAAUGAACCAAAAAAAUGGAAUUUACGCAGGAACCGACCUUUGUUGGAUUUUGUAUCGAUGGAAGAACUAAAUGAUAUGGAUGACUAUGAUAGUGAAGAUGACAAUGACUGGCGGCCUACUGCUGAGAAAAGGAAAGGAAAAAAUGCCCUGCGAAAAGAGGGGAGUGAUGGAGAUAAUGAGGAUGAUGAAGAUGAUGGGAGUGGAAGUGAUGAGGAUGACAACGAUGAGGAAGGUAAUGAAGAAGAUAAUAGCAGCACGGCUAGUGAUGGAGGAUCCAAGAAGAAGAAGAGUAAAGUUCUUAACAGGAGUAAUGCAGAUGAUGAGGAAUUGACAAAUGAUAGCCUGGCUCUUUCACAAAGCAAGAGUAAUGAGGACUCAUUGAUCCUUGAGAAGUCUCAGAAUUGGAGUUCCCAGAAAAUGGACCAUAUUUUGAUUUGUUGCGUUUGUCUUGGAGAUAACAGUGAAGACGCUGAUGAAAUAAUCCAGUGUGACAACUGUGGAAUAACAGUGCAUGAAGGUUGCUAUGGUGUUGAUGGAGAGAGUGACUCUAUCAUGAGCUCAGCUUCAGAAAAUUCCACGGAACCUUGGUUUUGUGAUGCAUGCAAAUGUGGUGUCACACCUAGUUGUGAAUUGUGUCCUAACCAGGAUGGGAUCUUCAAGGAGACUGAUGCAGGCAGGUGGGUCCAUAUUGUUUGUGCCCUCUAUGUUCCAGGAGUGGCAUUUGGAGAUAUUGACAAACUGCGGCCAGUAACGCUUACAGAAAUGAAUUAUUCAAAGUAUGGUGCCAAGGAAUGCAGUUUUUGUGAAGAUCCUCGUUUUGCCAGAACUGGUGUAUGCAUUAGUUGCGAUGCUGGGAUGUGCAGAGCUUAUUUCCAUGUGACCUGCGCUCAGAAGGAAGGCCUCCUCUCAGAAGCAGCAGCAGAAGAGGAUAUAGCUGACCCUUUUUUUGCUUAUUGUAAACAGCAUGCGGACAGGUUAGACAGAAAAUGGAAGCGCAAGAACUACUUGGCAUUACAAUCUUACUGUAAAAUGUCCUUGCAGGAAAGAGAAAAACAGCUCUCUCCAGAAGCUCAGGCUCGAAUCAAUGCCAGGCUACAACAGUAUCGUGCCAAGGCGGAGCUGGCCCGCACCACUAGGCCUCAGGCCUGGGUUCCCAGGGAGAAGCUACCACGACCACUUACUAGCAGUGCUUCAGCCAUACGUAAGCUUAUGCGCAAAGCCGAAUUAAUGGGAAUUAGUACAGAUAUUUUUCCAGUGGAUACUUCAGAUACUAGUUCCAGUGUUGAUGGAAGAAGAAAACAUAAACAACCAGCCCUCACUGCUGAUUUUGUGAAUUAUUACCUUGAGAGAAAUAUGCGGAUGAUUCAAAUCCAGGAGAAUAUGGCUGAACAGAAGAAUAUCAAGGAUAAAUUAGAAAAUGAGCAAGAAAAGCUUCAUGUGGAGUAUAAUAAGCUGUGUGAGUCCUUGGAAGAGCUACAAAAUAUGAAUGGAAAACUGCGAAAUGAAGGGCAAGGCAUUUGGUCUCUGCUGGGUAGAAUCAUUGGGCAGAAACUGAACAUACCAGCAAUUUUACGUGCUCCUAAGGAAAGGAAACCAAGUAAAAAGGAAGGAGGAACACAAAAGACAUCUACACUUCCAGCUGUACUUAAAAGUUGUGGAAUUUGCAAGAAGAACCAUGAUCAACACCUACUGCUACUGUGUGAUACUUGUAAACUCCAUUAUCAUCUUGGUUGCCUGGAUCCACCUCUUACAAGGAUGCCAAGGAAGACCAAGAACAGUUACUGGCAAUGCUCAGAGUGUGACCAGGCAGGUAGCAGUGACAUGGAGGCUGAUAUCGCCAUGGAAACCUUACCAGAUGGGACCAAAAGAUCAAGGAGGCAGAUUAAGGAACCAGUGAAAUUUGUUCCUCAGGAUGUGCCACCAGAACCGAAGAAAAUUCCAAUAAGAAACACGAGAACUAGAGGACGAAAACGAAGCUUUGUGCCUGAAGAAGAAAAACCUGAGGAGCGGAUUCCCAGAGAAAGAAGACAACGACAGUCUGUUCUACAAAAGAAGCCCAAGUCAGAGGAUUUAAGGACUGAAUGUGCUACCUGCAAAGGGACUGGAGACAAUGAAAAUCUAGUCAGGUGUGAUGAAUGCAGGCUUUGCUACCAUUUUGGCUGUCUAGACCCUCCCUUGAAAAAGUCUCCUAAACAGACUGGCUAUGGAUGGAUUUGUCAGGAAUGUGACUCUACAUCCUCCAAAGACUCCGAGCCGUCAAAUGAGGUGGUCUCAGAGGCCCCAGGUAAUGUGGUACCCUCUACCUCAAGAAGUAGCUCUGAAGAGCUGGUAUCGGUGGCACAGAAACGUCCAGAAGAGGAAGAUGAAAAUGAAGCCGAGGCAGAAAAUCCGUCUCAGGAUCUGAAUUUGGAACAGAAAAAAUCAAAAAAAUAGGAGAUCGCUGUCUUGUUUGAAAUAUUUGCAAGUUGUGUAACAGUGAUUAUAGUUUCUCAUUGUAAAAUUAAAAAACAGUUCUCAAUAAAGUCAUUGAAAAUUAAA